CUCAAAAGAGUGGUUAUUCACAGAAUUUGGAAAGAGAAUCAGACCCAUUUAUCGUAUUUCUUUGUACAAAAACACCUAUUUCUAGUGACUUGCAAAAUUAGUCAGGUUACAAACAGCACUAGAAAAUCUUAAAAUGGAUAAACCCGUUUACAAAUUAAGUUGUACUUUACUCGGACAUAGUGAAGAUGUGAGAGCAAUUGCAACUUUUCAAGAUGGAACCAUUGUUUCAGCAUCUCGAGACAAAACUGCUCGUGUUUGGUUACCAAACCGAGGUAGUAAUGGAUAUGCUGAAACAGCAGUUUUAGAAGGACAUUCAAAUUUCGUGAGCUCUGUUUGUGUUAUACAUUCUACUGAAAGAUAUCCUAAAAGUUUAAUUAUUACCGGAAGCAAUGAUCGUCACAUUUGUGUAUAUCUCUUAGGUGAAAAAGAGCCCAUGAUAAAAAUGAAAGCUCAUGAAGAUACAGUAUGUAAUCUUAAAGCUGGCAAUGAAGAAGGUACAUUUCUGUCAUGUUCUUGGGAUCUUACUGGAAAACUGUGGCAUUUAGAUAAUAUUGGAGAACCCAGAUUAAUUUUGCAAGGACAUACACUUGCCGUUUGGUGUAUUGCUGAUCUACCAAAUAAAUUAAUAUUAACUGGUUCUGCAGAUAAGUCGGUAAUUGUUUGGACAAGAGAUGGAUUAAAACUUCAUACACUUGAAGGUCAUACUGAUUGUGUUAGAAAUAUUGCAACUUUAAAAGAUGAUGAAUUUUUAACGUGUGCUAAUGAUGCUACUAUAAGACAUUGGAAUGCAACUAGUGGAAGCUGUAUGGGAGUGUAUUACGGUCAUGAAAAUUAUAUUUAUUCCAUGGCAAUACUGUCAAAUGGACUUUCAACUGUGACAUCUGGUGAAGAUAAAACAAUUCGUGUUUGGAAAAAUGGACAAAUAGAUCAAACUAUAACUCUACCAACAUCAUCAGUAUGGUGUGUUGACUUUUUAGUAAAUGGUGAUAUUGUGUCUGGAUCUUCAGAUGGUAUAAUUAGGAUAUUCUCGAAUGAUUCAUCUCGUUGGGCCUCUGCAGAAGAAUUAGAAGCUUGGGAGCACCAAGUUAAUGAUGACCAACUUAAAUCUCAACAAGAACUCGCUGAGAAUAUUAAUAUAAAUACAAUGCCAACAAUUUCAGAACUUAGUCAACCCGGAACACAUGAAGGGCAAAUAAAGAUGAUUAAUGAAAAUGGUAAACCCAUUGUUUAUUCUUGGUCUCAAAAUGAAAAGAAAUGGAAUAAAGUAGGAGAUGUUGUUGGAGCAACAGGAAAAAAAUCCUCUAAGCAACUUUACAAUGGAAAAGAAUAUGAUUACAUUUUUCAUAUUGAUGUACAAGAAGGAGCACCACCAUUAAAAUUACCAUACAAUAAAACUGAGGAUCCAUGGCACGUUGCACAAAAAUUUAUUCAUCAACAUGGACUUAGUCAAAUGUUUUUAGAUCAAAUUGCUAAUUUUAUCAUCAAAAAUUCUGAGAGUACACCAGUAUUCAAUACUAAUUCUCAACUAACUGACCCUUUUACGGGAGGCAAUCGUUAUAUACCAGGUUCAAGUUCAUCAAGCAAUAUAUCUCAAGCUCAAGCAAAUAUUUCUAAUGCAGAUCCAUUCACGGGAGCUAAUCGUUAUAUACCUCAGAAUAAUAUUACAAAUCCUCAGUCUUCUACGACAUCAUAUAUACCUCACAAUACUUAUUUAAAAUUUGAACAAGCAAAUCUUACUGCCAUUUUAGAAAAAUUGAAAGAAUUUAAUAGUAAGCAAAAUGCUGAACAGCAAAUACCAGAAGAUGAAUUAGUAGCUGUAGUAGAUGCAGCAAAAAAUAAAUUUAAUCCUGAAGUUAUCAAUACUUUGUGGAAGCUACUCGAUUGGUCUGAUGAAUAUGUUUUUCCUGCACUUGAUAUUACGAGGCUAGUUGUGCUGAAUAAGACAAUAAAUGAUCAGUUGUGUAACGACAAUUUGGUACCUAUAAUUCAACGUCAUUUAAAAAAAGAUGCACUUCUAGCCAAUCAAAUGUUAACGUUUAGAUUACUUAGUAAUAUGUUUAAUCAUGAAAAAGGUGAGAGAUUAGACUUGAUGAAUGCCGAUAAUGUGCUCAAAUAUUUAUCUGAUUUAUCUUCUCUUGGAAAUAAAAAUAAUCAAAUAGCAAUUGCAACGUAUAUUCUCAAUUUAGUUAUUGCAUUUUAUAAAACGGAUAAUGUUCCUGGUAGGACGAAAGUCUGUAAUGUAAUAAUCAAGAUAUUCGCGGGCUUAAAAGAUCCUGAAGCUGUUUUCCGAAUUCUUGUGGCUCUUGGUACUCUGUUGACAAUAGCACGUAAUAAUAUUGAAGAGAACAAAGCUUUGAUCCAAAUAAUACAGCAAUCUAAUGAGACUGUUGAACUGUUAAAAUCUAUGUCUAUAAGUAAAUCUAUGCUUGAUCCUCAUGGUAGGGUAUCUAAAUGUUCUACACACAUAUUAAACUUAAUAAGCUAGAUUAAUGUAUUAUGUAUUGGUAACAAAAUAUUUUUUCUAUUAACAAAUAAAUGUAAGGAAAUUUUGUUCAGUAAAUGAUGGAUUUUUUUUAUCAUGUAAAAUGAAAAUCAUAAAAGAAAUAAAUUGAUGGUAUUUUUUACAAUCUUUUUAUAUGAAAAUUUAUAUGAAAGGAUAUAUAUAUAUAUACGUAUAUGUAUAAUUUUUGAAUAAACAUAAAAUUGUGUGUUAACUCAGUGCGACAAAGUAUACAUAUACAGAAGCGUAAGGAAUAUGUAUUAUUUCAGGUAAGAUACGAUAUAAAAUUAUUCAAAUUAAAUA